CCGCGCGACCACUGGUUACAAAUUGUGCCUAACUGCUGUGGUUUAUCCAGGCCGUCAGUGUGUUAGUGUUGAUGACAGAUAGCUCGGGAUAGCCUAGCCAUGCAGCUAAGGUUUUAGAUAUGAAACACCUUUUUGGGGCAGUGUCCUACUGCUUCUGAAUAUAAAUAAUAACAAAGUAAAUAAAGCAAUCACAGACCUUUCAAAAAGUAAGCGUUGUUAUUCUGUACAAUAUCUUUUAGUUUGUUUCUUGAAACUUUUACGGAUGAAGUGGAAAAGCUUUCACAUCCUGUCCCUGUUGAUGUGUGUCCCUAUCAAAUGCAUUCUUGGCGGGGAGCUAAGGUAAAGCUACACUACGACAUGCUUAGGUCUCCUAGUAUCUUAUUUAAUCGUCUUAUUUCAAUGUAUAGGGGAACAUAAACGUAUUGUUCCUAAACAUUGCCUCUCUGUCAGACAAAUUGUUCAGGCUAUGCUAGGCAGUGAAACGCCUGUUUUCCCUCCCAUCUCUCUGUGUAUACCUGCUACUAUACUAUAAUUGUAUUGAACGUGUAACCCAAAUGCCAUCUACUGGGCUUGACUGCUAAACAUUUUGUUGGUCUAUUUAUACUCUUUGUUGACAUCAGCAUUUGACCAGUUUUGUAAUUGUUUUCUUGGAAGGAGCUGAACUUUUAGGGGAUGGGCGUAUACAGCUGCAAAAAGGCAGGCCCUGUUGUAGGACCCCCCCCCCCCCCCCCCUUCUCUAUUUUCUGCAUGAAAGUCAUGAGUGUUGGAAUGUGAAAACCCUCCAGCCAUUACCCGAAUACCAUGCUCCAUAGCUGACUGUGUAUUGUGUAUUUUCGAUGAGUAUUUCAAUGAAGAGUUCACAUUAUGCAUUUAUCAUUCGUCUACUUCUUCCAAAUCAAAUCAAAUCAGAUUGCAGGCAAAAAAAAAAAAUCUGAGUCAAUACAGUUUAGCCAUACUUGUAUCUAACAAUUCAUUAAUUCAUUAUUACACUGACUUAAAGCGCAAUUUGAAAAAUGAUCAAUGCUUCGGUGAAAAUCGAAACAUGGGUUUAAAAAGAGAUCACUGUCUGACUUCUCUUUGCGAUCACAAGCCGAAUGUUAGUCAUAAUGGGAUGUAUGUUUGCAUCAGUUCUUAGCAUCAUUUCCCGAAACCAGCAGAAACACAAUGUCCCGACCUCAGCAUUAUAGAAUCAGUAAAAUCUCAUUCAAACAAAAUAACCAUGAUUGCAAUGCUUUGCAGUGAAACUGUAAAAGUGCAAAGAAGCAUUCCAAGAUUAAAUAUCUUCAGCAGUUGUUUUACUGAGUCGACAGUCUCCAUAGCUGAACAGUUUUAUAACAAGGGAUAGCUCUAAAACUAUAAGAAAUUUGCACUUGUCAAUAGUUAUUAUUUUACACAUCAGUUGUAUAGUUCUUAAAAUAAACUUCGGUCAACCUGGGUAUUCCUGUAUGCCAGUAGUCUGUCUAGACAACAUGUGAUUUCUAUACCUUGAUCAAUAAAUCAAACAAGGAUCCUUGCAGAAAUCUUCAGGCCACUUGUAUACCACCUGUAUACUAAAGAUUUAAUUUCCACUACCUUCACCCACAACGCAUUCCUCACUACGGCUGGAUAAUUCCUCAAGGAAAACAUUGUAAAAUGCUUGCCUAAUACUAACAUGUCUUUCAAAGGACUGACUUUUUUACCUGCCUCUGUCAAGGAACAGGAAAUGCAUAUGUUUUUGUAAAAUUAAUUUGAAUAAUUUUAUAUAGAAAGUCUAACCCUAUAAAAUGAGAAAGAUGACAAAAUAAUGUUUAAAUAGGUGUGAUAUUGUGGUAAGACUGCUUCUGUUAGAGUCACAUAUAGGUCUCUGGCUUGUAUACUUGGCUUAAUAGAAGGCAUGUCAUCAACUGAAUAUGCUAUCAAUAAGAAAUGUAUCAAUAUCCUACCAAAUGUACUGACUAUUGUAGAAAUCCAGUCCUAUGGGCACAGUUCAGUGAGUUAAAUUUGACACUUCCUACCUAAUAGAAAAGCCUGGAAUUGCAAAUUGUAUUGUAUUUCACAGCAUCUUGCUAUAGUUCUGCAUGAGAAACACUUGCUCUUUGGACUUAUAACAUACAUAAACUAUGAAAUUAUUGUGGUGAUUCCAUGCAGGCAUGGCUGUUUAUCUUGUAGUGGUAUAUUGUUUUGGCUCAUUGGUGAGGGGCUAUACAGUCUCUGCCCGCACCAAGUAAUAUGUGUGUGAUUGGAGAGGUAUUUGUCCUGGUGCCUUACUCAAACAAUUUAUUGGGUGGAUCUCAUCAUUUUGGUAUGCAUUUCAAGGACAUGCUGCCCAAUGUUACUCUGUGACUUUAUGGUUGGGUCUUUCUGGUCUUGACAGUGACUAAGAGAAAGUGUUAUGUAACACAAAAAGUCCUGCUGGAUUCAUAAAGGCUGGAGGUUUGCAGGGAACAGGAGUAAAUACUUCCACAUGCAGUUUUAGCUGUUUUUUUUAUGCAAGGCUUGGACUACUUUGAGAUACACAUACGGCAAACAUUGAGUUUUUGUCUUUAAUGUUAACACAAUUUGGACAGAAAUGUAGCCUUCUCUUAGCGACCUAUCCGGUCCUUCAAUGAUGAAACCUUACCUGUAGGUUCUUGAUGAAUAAGUACUGUUAUAUCGGUAAGGUCAUUUUUUUCAAAAGCAAAGUGUUCUUAGGUACCGUAAAAAAGAAGAUAAAAGGUAAAAUUUAGGGAUUUUCUUAUUCCUUUCGAUUGGGAGCCGCUUUCUGUUUAGCUGACUUCCUGUCAUGAGCCACCUGGACCACAAUGGGGAAGUUCCUUUCUGUUCUACAGUGUUGUAUGUCACAUUCGCACGCAAAUUCCCUGACAUUAUGAUGUAGCUUGAAAAUGAAAUGCUUAUGUGACGUUGUGAAUGUUUGUUGAUUUAAUCCGUUGAUUUAUUUGUCAGAUGAGUAAAAAGGGAAAGUAUUGUAUAUCUAAAACAGGGAAUAACCGCAACCAAUUAUUUUGAUUGUUAAACCACAUGUCAUACACGUUCAGAAGAGGGAUGUGGAAAGAUUAUUCAGCGCUUCCCUAAGAAGGACUGGGAGGGCACAGCAUUUCCUCAGGGUGUGGAGAUGUUCUGCCAGCCAGGAGGUUGGAGGCUAUCCAGGGAGAGGAGAGCACCCACGUUCUUCACAGUUGUGCUGACUGAUAUCGAAUCUGACAGACACUACUGCUCCUGUCUCACUUUCUUUGAGGCUGAAGUAAAUCUACAGGGGUCAAAGGCAAUCGAUGGGGAUGGGGAUGAAGACGAAGAGGAAGAUGGCAUGGUUCAGCCGGCUCAAGUAUUUGCACCAAAAAGUCUCAUCCUUGUCUCCAGGCUGGAUUUUCCAGAAAUAUUCCGGGGCUGUCUGGGUCUGAUCUACACGGUGUACAUCGACAGCCUGAGUUUCCCCUUGGAGGGUCUGGUGGCCAACCUGUUUAUCUUCCAGGUUCCAGUGGCUGGUGGAUCCCAGAAGCUGUUUUCCCUGGGAGCUGGGGAUCGGCAGCUCAUCCAGACCCCUCUGAAUGACAGCCUGCCUGUUACCAGCAAGAGUGUGGCCCUGCUCUUCCAGCAGCUAGGGAUCCAGAACGUCCUGAGCCUGUUUUGUGCGGUCCUGACGGAACACAAGGUGCUGUUCCACUCCACCAGCUACCAGCGGCUGGGGGAGGCCAGCCGGGCGCUGGAGGCCCUCAUGUUCCCUCUCAAAUACAGUUACCCCUACAUUCCCAUCUUACCUUCGCGGCUACUGGAGGUGUUGAGCUCCCCUACCCCCUUUAUUAUUGGAGUGCACUCCAUGUUCCAGACAGAGAUUCAGGACCUGUUGGAUGUCAUCAUUGCUGACUUGGACGGAGGGACAAUCAAGAUUCCCGAGUGUAUUCAUCUGUCGCUUCUCCCCGAACCCUUGUUAACUCAAACACAGACCGCCCUGUCCUUGGUAUUGCACCCAGAUCUGGAGAUAGCAGACAAUGCAUUCCCCCCACCCCGCACUGCUCUGUCCAACCUCAAACUAUUGGAUAAGGAGGUGAGAGCUGUCUUCCUCAGGCUCUUUGCGCAACUCUUCCAGGGUUAUAGAUCAUGCCUGCAGCUCAUCCGGAUCCACUCUGAACCUGUCAUUCACUUUCACAAGACUGCCUUCCUGGGUCAGCGAGGCCUGAUCGAGAAUGACUUCCUGACCAAGGUCUUGGAUGGUAUGGCCUUCGCUGGCUUCGUCUCAGAGAGGGGUCCACCUUACCGGGCGUGUGAUCUCUUUGAUGAGCUGGUGGCCUUUGACGUAGAUCGCAUCAGGGAAGAGGAUGCGGACCCAGUGAAGCUGCAGAAGCACAUGCGGGAUCUCUCGGAGCAGCUGUACAAAAACGAGAACCCCAACCCCCACAUGGCGUUCCAGAAAGUCCCGCGGCCCUCGGAGGGCUCCCACUUGCGGGUGCACCAGGUGCCCUUCCCCCCUCUGCAGGACGACAAGGUGGAGGGACUGCUGCUGGAGGCCGCCGCCAAGCACGCCGCCACCCCGGCCGUGCCUCGCCCCGAGAAGAAGUGUGUGGUGCCAGCCGGACCCCCCGUCGUCUCCAUCAUGGGCAAGAGCUGCUCGGUGUUCAACAGCGCUCGCAGGCUGGAGGUGGUGAGGAGCUGCAUCUCCUUCGUCUUCGACAACAACAACCUGGAGACGGAGAAGAGCCUGCCAGCUGCGCUGAGGGCCCUGAAAGGCAAGGCAGCGCGCCAGUGUCUGACCGAGGAGCUCUGUCUCCACGUGCGGCAGAACCGGGCCAUUCUGGAUCACCAGCAGUUUGACUACAUCAUCCGCAUGAUGAACUGUGCUCUCCAGGACUGUUCCAGCUCCGAGGAGUUCACCGUGGCGGCCGCCCUUCUUCCCCUCAGCACCGAAUUCCACCGGAAACUAGCCGGGGUGAAGCAGUACGCCUACACAUGUGUCCAGGAUCAUCCCAUCUGGACAAACCAGCAGUUCUGGGAGGCUACCUUCUACAGCGAGGUCCAGAACAAGAUCCGUUCCCUGUAUCUCAGCAGUGCGGAGGAGAAAGUAGGCAUCACUGCCAGACUGAAGGACGCGGCCCCCCUGGCACCAGAAGCCCAGGCAGCGGCAGGGUUAGGCCGGGCCGAGGAGCACACAGCCAUGGACCUGGCCGCCGAGCAGCUGCGCGCCUGGCCCUGCCUCAGCAAGCAGAAGCAGCAGGAGCUGGUGAAGAACGAGGAGAGCACCGUGUUCGGCUGGGCCAUCCACUACGCCAGCCUCAUGGUCUACCUGCUGGUGCCUCUGGACACCAGCAAGAACAAGCUGCUGCGCAACCACCCCGCCACCGACUGGGAGAGCGGCAGCAACAGCAUAGUGACCAACAGCAUGGCGGGCAGCGUGGCGGAGAGCUUCGACACGGAGAGCGGCUACGAGGACUCUGAGAGCAGCGACGCGGCCAACUCUGUGGUGCGCUUCAUCGUCCGCUUCAUCGACAAGGUGUGCACGGAGAGCGGCGUGACCCAGGAGCACAUCAAGAGUCUGCACAACAUGAUCCCAGGCCUGGUAGCGAUGCAGAUCGAGGUUCUGGAGACGGUGCACAGAGAGAGCCGAAGGCUGCCUCCCAUUCCAAAGCCUAAGAUCCUGCGGCCCACGCUGCUCCCCGGGGAGGAGCUGGUGUCGGAGGGGCUGCGGGUGGUCCUCGACCCCGACGGCAGGGAGGAGGCCACGGGGGGCCUCCUGGGAGGUCCGCACAUCCUGCCAGCAGAGGGCGCCCUCUUUCUCACCAACUACCGCGUCAUCUUCAAAGGAACGCCGCACGACCCACUAGUGGGGGAGCAGCCGGUCAUCAGAGCCUUCCCAGUUUCCACCCUGGUCAAGGAGAAGAAGAUCAGCCUCCAGAACCAGCUGCAGCAGAACAUGCAGGAAGGCAUGCAGCUCCGCUCCGCCUCCUUCCAGCUGAUCAAAGUGGCCUUUGACGAGGAGGUGACCUCAGAGAUGGUGGAGAUCUUCAGGAAGCACGUGCAGAGGAUCCGCUACCCACAGUCCAUCUUCAGCAGCUUCGCCUUCGCCGCGGGACAGACGGCCCUGCAACUCAGCCAUCCCAAGCAGAAGGAGAAAAACACAGGCUUCAGGACACUGUCCAAGUCCAUUGUGAAGGGAGCCAGGAAGGCGGGGAAGAUCACCAUGGGCAGAGGCGGCCAGACCACCCUGAAGAAGAGCGAGCGGGGCAGUAGGAUGACGUGGAACGAUGACGACGACAUUUCAAUAUCGGAUGACGGGGAGCCCCCCCCCAGCAGCACUCUGCGGGCUUCAGAGAAGUCCACCAUGGAGCAGCUGGUGGAGCGGGCGUGUUUCCGUGACUACCAGAGGCUGGGCCUGGGGACCAUCACCCUCAGCGCGUCCCGCACCAAAACGGGCGAGCAGUUCCGGAUAACGGCGGCCAACCGACUCUACUCCCUCUGUCGCAGCUACCCGGGGCUGCUGGUGGUUCCCCAGGCUGUGCAGGACAGCAGCCUGCACAAGGUGGCCCGCUGCUACAGACACAACCGGCUGCCCGUGGUGUGCUGGAAGCACCCCCGCUCCAAGGCCCUGCUGCUGCGCUCCGGGGGCUUCCACGGCAAGAGUGUGGUGGGGCUCUUCAAGUCCCAGAACCCCUCCACUACAACCACUACUUCAUCCUCCGAGUCUUCCAGUAGUCUAGAACAGGAGAAGUACCUGCAGGCCAUCCUUGACUCCGUUCCAGUCCACUUCAAGAUGAACGGCAACAACACGCUAUCCAACCGCUCCCAGAUCGGACUGUCACCAGGUACACCAGGUAGUGAAAGGCGGACGUCCAGGAUACCAAAGAUGGCCCCUGUCCAUUUAGAUAUCCCCUUCUCAAACAGCUUCACCAGGGGGGUGCUUGGGUACAGGGAUAAACUAUUCAAUCACUCAAACCCAAAGUCUGCCAAUAAGGGAACAGCCCAAAAUCAAGGUGUGUGGGCCAGCCUUCGCUCUAGCAGUCGUCCCAGCCAGCUCCAAUCGCCGGGUGAGCAGGGUGCCAGGAUAGCCGGGAAGGAUCUGGCGCCCCCUGCAGGGAGCAGCGGCCUUCAGGCUCAGCUCCUCAAGCAACAGGCGGCAUUCUACAUCUUCGGAGAGAAGUCUCAUCUACGGGGCCUGAAGAUGGACUCGUCGCUGAACUGUGAGCUGGUGCCGGUGGACUUUGCGGACACACGACAGGUGAAGGCGGCGUUCAAGAAGCUGCUUAGGGCGUGCGUUCCCAGCGCCACCUCCUCGGACGCCGAGGACUCCUUCCUCAGAGCCCUGGAGGAGUCUGAGUGGAUCUCACAGCUACACAAGAUCCUAGAGUUGGCCCUGCUGCUGGUGGAUCUGCUGGACACCGGCUCCUCGGUUCUUCUCAGCCUGGAGGACGGCUGGGACAUCACCACACAGGUGGUGUCUCUGGUGCAGCUGCUCAGCGAUCCCUUCUACAGGACUCUGGAGGGCUUCCAGGUGCUGCUGGAGAAAGAGUGGCUCUCCUUCGGCCACAAAUUCAGCCAGCGCAGCAACCUGAGCCCCGGCAGCCAGGGCAGCGGCUUCACGCCCAUCUUCCUGCAGUUCCUGGACUGUGUCCACCAGCUUUUGGACCAGCAUCCUCUGGAGUUUGAGUUCAAUCAGCAGUAUGUGAAGUUCCUGGCGUACCAUCACAUCUCCAACCGGUUCAAGAACUUCCUGCUGGACUCUGACUACGAGCGCCUCGAGCACGGCACGUUGUUCGAGGACAAGGGGGAUAAGCAGGCCAGGAGGGGCGUGUGCAUCUGGGAGUGGAUCAACCGAAUGCACAGGAAGAGCCCCGUCUUCUUCAAUUAUAUGUACCGGCCCAGUGAGACUGAGCCCACCCUGAAGCCGGUCAUCAUCAACAUCCCCAGCCUGGCCAAGUGGGACUUCUUCACGGACGAGACGCUGUCCACCGGGCCGGCCUACGACUGCAGGAUGAUGGCCUCGCGGGGGGACGGGGGCGACGAGGCGGACACCAUCUCCACCAGCAGGAGGCGCAUCGUGUGGCCCUGCUACAGCAGCGUGAGCCGCGCCCAGCCCGACGCCAUCACCCAGCUGCUGGCGGACAUAGAGAGGCUAGAGGGCGAGCUGCACCAGUCCCCAGAGAGGUGGCACACUACGUUGGAGCAGGUCCGUGCCAGCGUCCAGGAAGACCUCAAGCAAGAAGGAAACCUCCGGAAGCAGUCCCUGUCCCUCUCGGGGCUGAUCCCCACCUCCGGCCUGCAGGCGUUCCAGCGGCGCUCCAUGAUGCACCUCCCGGACAGCGGGCUGGGGGAGGACCGCAGCGCCGUCACCCCCAACGGGGUGAACCGCCGCGCGGCCACGCUCUACCACCAGUUCACCCCCAAGAACGACGAGAACAGGUCAUACGAGGGGAUCCUGUACAAGCGCGGAGCCCUCCUCAAGGGAUGGAAACCGCGCUGGUUCGUGUUGGACGUCACAAAGCAUCAAUUGCGUUACUACGACACCGGGGAGGACACUAACUGCAGAGGACACAUCGACCUGGCCGAGGUGGAGUCGGUGGUGAUCGCCGCCCCCACCAUCGGAGCUCCCAAACAUAUCAGCGAAAAGGCCUUCUUUGACCUGAAGACCAGCAAGAGAGUUUACAACUUCUGCGCCUCGGACGCUCCCACCGCUCUGGUCUGGAUGGACAAAAUCCAGAGUUGCAUCUCCGACGCCUGAUGGGUGCACACUCCCAGAACCACGUGGCCCGACGGCGUCGUCACGGCAGGGUCCUCGCCGACAAAAGGUCACCCGCGCCCCCCAAAAGGUGCUCUCAGCUUUUUUAAUUUUUUUUAUCUCACAAAAGAGACACAGCUUCGGCUUAUCUUAGCUUAGCUGUCAACCACGGGGACCACAAGUGAACCAAGUGCCUGGUGUGGGGAGGACGUGGGUGUUACCCCCCCCCCCCCCCCCUAAUCCGCCUGUUUCAAGGCAGCCUGCCGGGGCUGCCAUCGCUAUAUUUAUCUGCUUGAGUGUUGGAGUUGGCCAAUGCCACCGCCCCCCCCCCCCCCCCCCCCCCAUUGGUCUCUGCUUGCUGUCAACCCCCCCCCCCCCCCACCGGGCCCGUAACCAAAUAGACUACGCAGACUACGUGAGGAGAAGCGAGUUAUGAUAAGCUAAUGUGUUUGAGGGUUUACACUACCAAAAUAAAGGUUGCCCUGUGCAACGUGGCUAAUAGAUGGAAAGCAAUACAAUAUCACUGGCCGUCACAAACUGUGGUUAGGUCUAUGGAUUUUUUUAUUUGACUAUUAGAUUAAAGGAAGAGAAUUGUAGAUUGAAAGCCUACGAGAGAAUUUAUAUCAGAUAUUUUAGUAUGAGGAAAGAACAGUUAUUGCUGCUCGAGUCAAAGUAUGAUCCGCCAAAACUCAGAGAUUUUCAUGCACAACGAGGCAAUCUAAUUGCACUCAGCUCUAAAAUAUGCACUCCUUAUCCGUUUUGAACAGACGCAGACAGAAAGACAAAAGAUUACUUUAUAUUGUACAGACGACAUUUACUCUUCCAAGAGCUCAAAGGAGAAAGAAUUUGCACAGUGAAGUUCAAACAGUUACCUGAAUUUUUCUUAUUUAAAUAAGUGUUUUCUCCCUUUGGGUUAAACGUUGUUAAUGUUUUCUGACACAUGGAUAACACAUUUGUUUCUUGAAAUGUAAAUUAUUCUUUUUUUUUAUUAAAAAAUGUAACUCCUUUUCAAGUGUUGUGGAUUAGUCUUUAAUGUAAAUAAUCAUUUGACAUUUCAUUUUUACCAGUGCGUCGAUGUGUAUCCUUUUCUUAAUCUUAAUCCAUGCCGUGACCAGUCCGCAGUCAAACUUUUAUAAAUGUGUUAUUUGUACAAAUACCUGAGUAGCCUGUUUCUUUGUGUUAUAAAAAAAAAUGAAGGAGAUACAACUGUAUUUCUCCAUUCGUCAGACUUUCUCUGUGUCUUUUAAGGGCUUUUUAAACGGGGGGGUGAACUGAUUGGUGAGGCUGUUGCGUAUUUUUUAUCAGUUUUUUGUCUGUGCAUCAAUACUGUUUCUUAAAAAAAAGAGCAAAAAAUGAACUACCAAGUCAUAUGAGUAGCCUUUGUGUAUUACUGUAUCUUUGUACCUUUUGUGUUGUGUUGUGUCACUAACUUCUCUUGGAAAUAAACUACUUGAAAGUACUUGAAACAACA